AUGCAAGCUGGAGUUGUUGGCGCUCAACAUUUCCCAGCUGUGGGCGGGGCCUUCAUGGAUUCCCCAUACAAUGGCAACACGUCUCUGCAGACGUCCACCUCUAACCUCAACGCCAACUACUCUCGGCCAUCUGAAGCAGAGGAUGACGGGAAGGUGUCCAGCGAUACCAUUUGGCUGUGGAUUGCCGUGCUCGCGACCAUCGGCAACAUAGUGGUGGUGGCCGUGGUUUGCGCGUGUGCCUUCUGA